AUGGCCUAUAAUCGUGUCGGCGCAGACCCGUUCGGGGACGAUCAUACCUCGCCCAUGCUGAACCCAUCCCACCUUACUGGUUACAGCAAUCGCACACCUUCCCCAGGGCGGCCACUCGAGCCUGGCUACCAGCUCUCAGACAAUCCAUAUGGCUCUCAGGCGCAUCUUCCCAUGCCUUCGAGCGAUCGCCUAGCUGAACAACCUACUUAUUCGGUCGAACAUGUUCACAACUCUUAUGGCCACAAUGACGCAUACGACGCACAUCGUCCCUACCCUGGUUAUGAAUAUUCGGUCAACCCUGAAGCGCACCACGACGCUUAUUACACCCAACCCUACGAACCUACACACGCACCGCAUGAUGAUUAUGACUUGGGGCAUUACCCGGAGGGAGGACAGACUUCCUUCGAACCCGAUCAGCCUAUUCUGCAGACGGGCGAAGACCCCUUCGUGCCCGAGCCGUAUACUGAGUUCCAGGAUGAACCGCGCCCGACGCCCAGUCCUGCGCCCAUUCGUCGAUGGAAGACAGUCAAGGAAGUCCAACUUUUCAACGGCAAUCUCGUCCUGGAUUGCCCCAUUGCUCCGAGAUUACUCAGUCAAGUACCUCAUGCAGAGCCACCGGGUCGUGAUGAAUUCACGCAUAUGCGAUACUCGGCGGCGACAUGUGACCCUGCUGAUUUCUUCGAAGAACGGUUCACCCUGCGUCAGAAGCUUUUCGCAAAGCCUCGGCACACCGAACUCUUCAUCGUUGUGACUAUGUAUAACGAAGAUGACUUUUUAUUUGCGCGCACUAUGUCCGGUGUUUUCAAGAACAUUGAUCACAUGUGCUCACGCACAAGCAGCAAAACUUGGGGCAAGGAUGCGUGGAAGAAGAUUGUUGUUUGUGUCAUCAGCGAUGGUCGUGCUAAGAUCAACCCUCGAACCCGCGCGGUACUGGCAGGUCUCGGUGUGUACCAGGAUGGGAUUGCAAAGCAGCAGGUUAAUGGCAAAGAUGUCACCGCACAUAUCUACGAGUACACAACCCAAGUUGGGUUGGAAGUAAAGGGCACUCAAGUACAUCUCAAGCCACGGACUGGCCCUCCUGUGCAACUGAUAUUUUGUUUGAAGGAAAAGAACCAGAAAAAAAUCAAUUCUCAUAGGUGGUUCUUCCAAGCCUUCGGUCGUGUCUUGGAUCCCAACAUCUGUGUUCUUUUGGAUGCAGGUACCAAGCCCGGCAAGGACUCGAUUUACCACCUCUGGAAGGCCUUCGAUGUCGAGCCCAUGUGCGGUGGUGCAUGUGGCGAGAUCAAGGUCAUGUUGUCCCACGGCAAGAAACUCCUGAACCCAUUGGUGGCUGGUCAAAACUUCGAGUACAAGCUGAGCAACAUUCUUGAUAAACCGCUUGAGUCUGCGUUUGGUUUCAUUUCCGUGCUGCCUGGUGCAUUCUCUGCCUACCGAUAUGUCGCGCUUCAAAACGACAAAAACGGUCAAGGCCCGCUGGAACGGUACUUCCUGGGCGAGAAGAUGCAUGGUGCCAAUGCAGGUAUCUUCACGGCCAAUAUGUAUCUGGCCGAGGAUCGAAUCCUGUGCUUCGAGAUUGUCUCCAAACGAAAAUGCAGAUGGCUACUUCAAUACGUCAAAUCAUCGACUGGAGAGACCGAUGUGCCUGAUCAGAUGGCAGAGUUCAUUCUUCAGCGUCGUCGUUGGUUGAAUGGCAGUUUUUUCGCUGCUGUUUAUGCCAUUACCCACUUCUACCAAAUUUUCCGCAGUGACCACAGCUUCAUUCGCAAGUUCAUGCUAAUGAUUGAGUUCGUUUAUCAAACAAUUGCGAUGAUCUUCGCUUGGUUUGGAAUAGGUAAUUUCUUCUUGGUCUUCCACAUCUUGACAACAUAUCUGGGAUCACAUGAACUACUAGGUACUGUUGGCAAGGUUCUUGGAAUUGUUUUCGAAUGGCUCUACCUGGCCACUCUCGUCACAUGCUUUGUUUUAGCUCUUGGCAAUCGACCUGGUGGAUCCAACAAGUUCUAUAUGACGAUGGUCUACUUUUGGAUCGUGAUCAUGAUAUAUCUUUCAUUCGCUGCGAUCUUUGUCACGGUGAAAUCGAUUCAAAAAGAAGUGGCCGAUGACAAAUUUACGGUCGACAAACUGUUCAAGGAUCCGACGUUCUUCUCCAUUAUCGUCUCCCUGGGGUCGACCUAUGUCAUGUGGUUCGUUGCAUCGUUUAUCUUCUUAGACCCAUGGCACAUGUUCACCAGUUUCUUCCAAUACAUCCUGCUCACGCCUACCUACAUCAACGUUCUCAACAUCUACGCCUUCUGCAAUACCCAUGAUAUCACAUGGGGUACCAAAGGCGAUGAUAAAGCAGAGAAACUGCCUUCUGCGCAUCUGAAGCCCGGCGGUAAGGUCGACGUCAAUAUCCCGCAGGAUGACGGCGAUCUGAAUGACCAGUAUGACGCUGAGCUCUAUAAGUUCUCCAUGAAACCACCCAAGGAAGUCCCAGUUAUUUCUGAAGAAGACAAGCAAGCCGACUACUACAAGGGGUUCCGCAGCGCCGUCGUACUCGCCUGGGUAUUCUGUAACUUCGCUCUUGGUGCCGUUGUCCUGAGCGCUGCAGGUUUGGAUAAUUUCAACGACAAAUCGAAGACCAGUUCCGAAGAUGAGGAGACCAAACGCUCCAUGAUCUACAUGAAGGUCGUUCUUUGGAGUGUUGCUGGCUUAUCCAUGUUCAAGUUUGUGGGUGCAAUGUGGUAUCUAGUUGUUCGUAUGUUCCGCGGUGUUUGA